AUGGCCGACUUACACCCUCAAGACGAGGUCCUGCGCCAUUCCCUCGAGGACCCCCAUGGGUUUUGGGCUCACCAGGCCGAGCACCUGCACUGGCACAAGAAGCCCUCGUCCACAUUAAAAGUCACCAAGAAGACGCUCAAGAGCGGCGUCACCCACGACACCUGGGAAUGGUUCCCAGGCGGCGAGAUCUCGACGUGCUUCAAUUGCGUCGACCGUCACGUCCAUAACGGCAAGGGUGACGCCCCGGCGAUAUUUUACGACAGCCCGGUCACCAACACGAAACAGACCAUCACGUACAAGCAGCUUCUUGACGAGGUUGAGGUGUUUGCCGGUGCGUUGAGGGAGGAGGGCGUGAAGAAGGGCGAUGUCGUGCUGAUUUACAUGCCAAUGAUCCCUGCGGCGCUGAUCGGCAUCCUCGCCGUCAGCCGCCUGGGUGCCAUUCAUGCGGUGGUCUUUGGUGGUUUCGCACCCAAUGCCCUCGCCCAGCGCAUAGAGGCCUCCCAGCCCGUGGCCAUCCUGACGGCCUCGUGCGGCAUCGAUGGCAACAAACCGCCCAUGAGCUACAAGCCCCUCGUCGAGGAAGCAUGCCAGAUCUCCACGCACAAGCCCGACAAGGUAGUUGUGUGGCAGCGCGAGCAGGUGCCGUGGCACCCUAUUCGGAGGAACGACGGUGAGCGGAACUGGCAGAGCAUCGUCAAAAGCUGCCGCGCAAGGGGCGUCAGGGCCGAGUGCGUGCCGGUCAAGUCGACGGAUCCGAUCUACAUCAUUCACACGUCCGGGACGACCGGGUCGCCCAAGGGGGUGCUGAGGGACGCUGCUGGUCACGCUGUUGGGCUGCACCUAUCCAUCAGCUAUCUCUUCAACAUUCAUGGCCCAGGGUGUGUGUCUUUCACAGCAUCGGAUAUUGGCUGGGUUGUCGGUCACAGCUAUAUCGCAUAUGCCCCCUUGUUCACGGGCGCCGCUACAGUUCUUUACGAAGGUAAACCGGUGGGAACCCCUGAUGCCUCUGCUUUCUGGCGCAUUGUAGAGGAAUACAAGGUCAAUGCCAUGUUCACGGCGCCCACAGCCCUGAGGGCCAUCAAGCGAGAUGACCCCGAAAACAAGCUCUUCAAGCAAGUGGGAGAACGAGGUGGCCUAAAGACGCUCAAAGGGCUCUUCCUCGCAGGCGAGCGUUCCGAACCAGCAAUCAUCACAAUGUACCAGGAACUCCUCGAAAAAUACGGUGCCAUCGACGCCCAUGUCGUGGAUAACUGGUGGUCGACAGAGGCUGGCUCGCCCAUCACUGGGAGAGCCCUGGUACCGCACGCCGGUAAGGACCGGAGUACAGGUAUUCGGGAUCACCCUCCUCCCAAGAUCAAGCCGGGAAGCGCCGGUAAAGCGAUGCCUGGAUUCGACGUCCGAAUCGUGGACGACGACGGCAAGGAGGUUCCCAGGGGCACGAUGGGGAAUAUUGUACUGGGACUCCCCUUGGCUCCAACGGCGUUCAGGACAUUGUGGCAGGACGAAGAGCGGUUCUAUAAGGGAUAUCUGAAGCGCUUUGAUGGAAAGUGGCUGGACACGGGCGACGCAGGUUAUAUCGACGCUGAGGGCUACGUCAACGUCAUGUCCCGCAACGACGAUGUUUUGAACGUCAGUGCCCAUCGGCUAUCUAGUGGUGAGUCAACUGUUCCCGUACCCAUUCUGAACAUCUUAAGACUAAGAUCAUCAGGCGGCCUCGAGCAGGCCAUAACGUCACACCCCCUCGUCGCCGAGGCCUGCGUGGUGGGCAUCCCUGACGCGCUCAAGGGCCAGCUCCCCUUCGCCUUCAUCACGCUCUCGACACCCGAACACCCGGCCUCGGCGGUGCCCGACGCGAAGCUGGCUGACGAGAUCAAUACGCUCGUGCGGUCACAGGUCGGCGCCAUCGCGACGCUGGGCGGUCUCAUCCAGGGGAAAGGGAUGAUUCCCAAGACGCGAAGCGGCAAAACACUGCGGCGCGUGCUGAGGGAGUUACUGGAGAACGCGGUUCACGGAGAGUUCGACAAGGAGGUGCAGGUGCCGAGCACUGUUGAGGAUGCCGGGGUGGUGGAUGUUGCAAGAUCCAAGGUAAGAGAGUAUUGGGAGGUUCGGGGGGACGGGCAUAAGAGUACGGAGGCUAGAGCAAAGUUAUAG